AUGACAGCUGUGGACGUUGUGAUUGUUGGUGCUGGCAUUGCUGGUAUCAAGGCCGCCACCGAAUUGAACGCCAAGGGCUUGAAGACCCUAGUUUUAGAGGCCAGAGAUAGAAUUGGAGGUAGAUUGUACACCUAUCACCCUAAGGGAUCCAAGUUUGGCUACGAUAUUGGGGCAUGUUGGUUCCACGCUACUGUGCACAACCCGAUCUUCCAGAAUGCGGUUCAGAAAAAGAACAUUGACUACGUUUUCGACGAGAAUUCCGCCUCUGUGAUCACUCCUGAGGGCCCCUUGCCAACCAAUGUUGGGCCAAUCGUGGAGGAAAUUAAGCUGUACGCCAAGUCCCGGCCAGGUCCUGAUGUAAACCUCAAAACUGCCUGUGCCGAGUACUUUGCCAAGCUAGGAAACGUUCUUUCCGAGGAACAGAAAACCUGGGCUACCGCACUAAUUAGAUUACUAGAAGUCCCUAACGGUAUGAGAUGGGACAUGUUCUCGGCUAAGCUGGCCACUCCACCAUACGGCGGCAGAGACGCGUUUGUUUCCAGCGGUUACGAGAAGGUUAUCGAGAACGAACUCGAAGGGUACCCUAAAGAAUCCAUUUUAACCAGCACUGUUGUGAAGGAGAUCCAGAAGAAGGGCGAUACAUACACCGUCACUACCGAAGACGGCAAGUCGUUCACCUCUUCGUUUGUGAUUAUUACAGUGCCCCAAUCCGUGUUGAAACUGACCGUUGAGGACCCUGAUGCCAAAGGUGCCAUCAAAUUUGAUCCUCCUUUGCCUGCUUCCAUCACCGAUAAUUUUGCCAAGACCCAUUUCUGUGCGCUUGGAAAGGUGAUCUACGAGUACGACUCCGCGUUCUGGCCAGAAACCGAGAAAUUUGUGAUCCUUCCUGGCCCAGACAGCUCUGUGGCUACCAAAACCAGUUUUGAGACGCAGGAGUACGAUAAGAAGCUGGAUGCCCAAGAGGCCGACCAGCUGAAGGCGUUUGAUUUCCCUGUUGUCGUCUCCAACCUGAACAUCGUGAAGGGCGCUCCCGCAUUGAUGUUCUUGGUGCCUGCACCUGCUUCGCACUUGCUCGAGGAGGACGUUGAGAAAUACGGACCAAAACUGAUCGAGCCGCUGAUCGCCAAACUUUCUAACAAAGACGUGAGCGAGCUGCCAAAACCUAAGCUUGUUUUCUCGACAAACUGGGGUACCGAUCCGUUCAGCAGAGGAUCUGUUUCUGGUAAUGCAGUUGGAGAUGUUCUGGUCAACGACGGACUGAUCGAAGGUGUUGGAAACCUGCGUUUUGCCGGCGAGGCCUACUGCUACGAGGGCCAUUGCAACGCUCAUGGCGCCUAUAUCAGUGGAAAGAGAGAGGCAGACUACAUCCUGCAACAGCUUGGCAAAUGA